AUGAGCCCUCAACGAGAUGAAAACAAAAUAAUAGAAAGUAUAAAAGAUCAGGUAUAUCCUGGAGUUUGGGACACUGAGCAUCCUGGAAGGGCCAAAAAUGCUUUACCGAUAACAAUAGAUCUUAAACCUGGAGCCCAACCAAUCAGGAUAAAGCAAUAUCCUUUAAGGAGAAAAGAUAGGGAAGGAAUUUUGCCCAUUAUAGAAAAAUUUAUAAAAUAUGGGCUGUUAACAGAAUGUGAAUCAUCAUACAACACCCCAAUUUUGCCCGUGAAGAAACCCACAGGAGGGUAUCGGCUAGUGCAGGAUCUAAGGGCCAUAAAUAAAAUUACGAGGGACAUUCAUCCGGUAGUAGCAAACCCAUACACUCUCUUAACUCGAUUAAGGACAGAGUUAGAAUGGUUUACCGUCCUGGACUUAAAAGAUGCUUUUUUCUGCCUACCUCUGGCCCCUGAAAGUCAGUCACUGUUUGCUUUUGAAUGGGAGAAUCCAGAAACUAACAGAAAAUGCCAACUGACCUGGACAGUGUUGCCCCAAGGAUUUAAAAACAGCCCCACUAUUUUUGGAAAUCAACUGGCAAAAGAAUUGGAGAAGUGGGAUCAGCCAGAAGGAGAUGGAGUCCUACUACAGUAUGUAGAUGAUAUCUUGAUAGCAACUCGAACCACAGAAGAAUGUGAAAAGUGGACUGUGAGUAUGUUAAAUUUUCUGGGACUUAAUGGGUAUCGAGUCUCCCCACAAAAGGCCCAAAUAGUACAGCAGCAAGUAACUUACUUGGGAUAUGAACUGACUGCGGGACAACGAGUACUGGGCCCUGAAAGGAAGGAAGCCAUAUGCUCCAUUCCACUUCCCAACACAGUAAAAGAACUCCGAACCUUCUUGGGAAUGACAGGCUGGUGUAGGCUGUGGAUUUAUAAUUACGGCCUGUUUGUCAAACCUCUUUAUGAAUUAUUGAGGAAGGCUGACAGGGCUCUGCAAUGGAACGGAGAAGCUAAACAAGCCUUCCACACUUUAAAAAGGGAACUGAUGAGGGCACCAGCACUAGGCCUACCUGAUGUCACUAAACCCUUUUUGUUAUAUUCCCAUGAAAGUCAGGGAAUAGCACUUGGGGUCCUCGCACAAACUUUAGGACCCUAUCGAAGAGCAGUGGCAUACCUCUCUAAACAACUGGAUGAGGUAAGCAAAGGAUGGCCAGGAUGCCUGAGGGCUGUGGCUGCAGUUGCAGUCAACAUUCAGGAGUCCCGCAAGUUCACAAUGGGACAGAAGAUCACAGUCCUGGUAUCACAUACAGUCUCUGCUGUGCUGGAAGCCAAAGGGGGACACUGGUUGUCUCCACAACGAUUCCUUAAAUACCAGGCUAUAUUAGUGGAGCAGGAUGAUGUGGAGAUCAAAGUCACUAAUGUUGUCAAUCCAGCCUCUUUCCUCCAGGGAAGUAAUGGAGAAUCAGUAAUCCAUGACUGUUUGGAAACAAUCGAGGCCACUUACUCCAGCAGACUUGACCUGAAGGAAGAACCCCUGGAGAUGGCAGAUCAUAACUGGUAUACUGAUGGAAGCAGUUUUGUGAUCCAGGGAGAAAGAAAGGCUGGGUAUGCUAUAACUACAGAAGAAGAGGUGAUUGAGGCAGAAGCACUACCAGGUAACACUUCUGCCCAAAAGGCGGAAAUAAUUGCUCUGACUAGAGCCUUGGAGCUCUCUCAAGGAAAAAGGGCAAACAUAUGGACAGACUCCAAGUAUGCCUUUGGAGUAGUGCAUGCCCAUGGAGCCAUCUGGAAGGAGAGAGGACUAUUGUCAACCCAAGGAAAAGGCAUUAAGCAUGCAGAAGAAAUAUUGAGGUUAUUGGAAGCAGUACAGAAACCAAGCAAAGUGGCUAUAAUGCACUGCAGAGCACACCAAAAGGGAAACAGUGGUCAAGAAAGAGGUAACCGGUUGGCAGACAAAACGGCUAAAACAGUAGCCAGGGAGGGGAAAGAGGUGGCAGAAUUUGUUUUGGUCCCAGAUGGUAAACUGACAAUUGAGCAAAAGGAACCAGAGCCUGUGUAUAACACAGAAGAUCAGAAAUUAAUUAAGGAUCUUUUAGGGACUAGGAUAGAGAAAGGAUGGGCUAGGACACCGGAUGGGAAAUUAGUCAUACCUAGUAACCUCCUUUGGGCAUUUGUUCAGAUGGAACAUGGAAAAACUCACUGGGGAGCUGAGGCUCUGUAUCGAAAGUUGGUUCAGGAGUGCAUAGCACGAAAAUUGUACACAACUGUAGAGCAGGUAACUCGACAAUGUGAAGUAUGUCUUAGGGCCAACCCCAAGGUGGCGAAAGAAGUCAAGCUUGGACAGAUUAGUAGAGGAAAUUAUCCAGGACAACAGUGGCAAAUUGAUUUCACUGAACUUCCAAGAAAGGGGGGAUAUAGAUAUCUUUUGGUACUUACUGACACCUUCUCUGGUUGGCCAGAAGCAUUUCCCUGUCGCACAAACAAAGCUCGGGAGGUUACCAAAAUAAUGUUACAAGAAAUAAUACCCCGGUUUGGGGUGCCUGCUACUAUUUCCUCAGAUAGAGGAUCACAUUUUGUGGCCAAGGUAGUACAACAAAUAAGUAAAAUCUUAGGAAUUGAUUGGCAACUCCACACUCCUUACAAUCCACGCUCAAGUGGACAGGUGGAGAAAAUGAACCAUUUAAUUAAGAAUCAGAUAAUAAAAAUUGGACAGGAGGCAAAACUCCCUUGGCCGCAAGCAUUACCAAUUGCCCUGCUGCGAAUUCGAACUAAGCAAAGGACUAAGGAGAGGUUAAGUCCAUUUGAAAUUCUAUUUGGAAGACCCUAUGUGGUGGGAACAAUGAAUCCUUCUGAACCAGGGCAGUUCAGAGAAGAAAUGUUGAAUAGGUAUGUUCAACAGAUUUAUAAGAAUUUAAACAUGAUUAACAAACAAGUGAUUGGAACCAAUGUGAGGGGACUAGACAAACCAGUUCAUGAUGUAGAACCUGGAGAUUAUGUCUAUGUUAGAUCUCUUUCAGAAAAUCCCCUGGAACCCAAGUGGACAGGACCAUAUCAAGUGUUGCUGAUAUCCUUCACAGCUAUCAAAAUCAGAGAGCAAGCUGCUUGGAUACAUCACACGCGAGUAAAGAAGGCAAAAGGCAGCCCUUGGAAAGCAGAAGAGCUGGGAGAUUUGAAGUUGAGAAUAACUCGUCAAUAA